AUGACCGAGAUUGCCAACAAUCAUCCCACCCUCCAGUCACCCUCUCAGCUCUGCCUGAUUAUUCAAGUAGCUCAAGAAAACACUAGCAUGGCAUCUACACCUGCUCCAUUCGUGCGGAGGACGCGGGGUCUUCCACGCCGGGACUAUAAUGCUCUACACAAUGGCCUGGUUUCAUCACCUUCUGAGCAAUCCGAGGAAUCCAUUUGUGAAAUAGGACGCCCGUCUACGCUUUCCAUUGGGGGUAGCAGCAUGACUAGCCUUUCCCCGUACGAUCAACGAUCACCGGGUGGUCUUUCCCCGAGCUCCGACCUCGAUACCUAUCACGAAAAAUCGAUCCUCAACCCUAGUUCCCCUGCAGCACUGAUCCAGCCAACAAUCGCAAGGGGUCUCCCCGGUCCAGCCUCCCUCGAACCGCCUACAACGGAUGCCAACGGGAAAUUGUCCGUGCCAACGACGAUCCUGAACGUUUCAAAACCCGCAACUUCAAAACUUGGCGGAUUAUUCAUCUGCGAUUGUUGUCCAAAGAAACCCAAGAAAUUCGACAACCCAGAUGACCUCCGCUCGCACGAAAUGGAAAAACAGUAUGCAUGCGCCUACUGCAACAACCGCUUCAAAAACAAAAACGAAGCAGAACGCCACCAAAACUCCCUCCACCUUCCGCCCCUACUCUCCGGAACCCUCUCCGUCUAG